CAUAAUAAUGUCGAUUACUUAAACAAACUUCAGAUUCAGAUACAGGCGCUGAAUAGAGAGAUCAAUACAAUCGUCGAGAAUAAGAUGCUUAACAACGACCCGAUGGCCGACAAAAUGGCUUUGUUUCGGCAAAAUGCUGCGGAUGUGGCGAAGAAACGGGAGGUGACGUCGGAUUCCGUCAAACAAGCGGAACACGAGUUGAAAGACUUGGAGAAAAUACUUAAAACCAAGAGGAGUGGACUCAAAGACGGUGACCAACCGCUCAAAGGACAGGCAACAAGGUACACUUUGGACCUCUUGAAAGGCAAAGACAAGGAGAUCACCGCUAGAUUGAUGGCAUUGGAGGAGCAGAAGGGGAUCAGCGGCUACUUCUCGAUGCAAGAGAUGACUCUAAACAAAGUGAACGACGAGAACAGUCGCCUCCAGAGCACCGACGAGUUGGUGGAUGUGCUGAAGGAUCUGAACGAUAAGAUCAACGACAAGAAGCAA